GAUAGUGAACCCUAAAACCAACACUUAACUCUCUCUCUCUCUCUCUCUCUCUCUCUCUCUCUCUCUCUCAUCUGCGUCUCCUCGGAGCCUUUCAGACAAGAGAGAAAGAUGAAGUCUUUACUGAGAAACGUCUCCACAUUAAAACCCAAGACCAAACUAUCGACAAAGCUUCUACCUUUAAUCCACCAAACCCUCUCCAAACCCUUCUCUCAAUCCACAACCAUCCCCACAAAGCAAGAACGAGUCCGCGACCACGGCUACGACAACUACAUGGAAGUCGAGAAAAAAAUCCGCAAAGUCGUCAAGUUCCACUCCCUCAUCCUCUCCCAACCCCAAAACACCAUCCCAAUCUCUCUCCUCGACACCUUAGCUCGCCGCCUAGGCCUCGGCUUCAAGCAGCACGAGCCUGGCGCUUUCCUCCUCAAGUUCCCUCACGUCUUCGAGGUCUACGAGCACCCCGUCCAGAGAAUCCUCUACUGUAGGUUAACACGCAAGGCUCUUGAUCAGAUCCGUGACGAGCAAGAAGCUGUGCUCUCUCAGAUACCAGACGCUGUUACUAGGCUGAGGAAGCUCGUUAUGAUGUCCAACACUGGUAGGAUCCGUUUAGAGCAUGUUAGGAUCGCUCGGAGUGAGUUUGGUCUCCCUGAUGAUUUCGAGUACUCUGUGAUUCUGAAGCAUCCUGAGUUCUUUAGGCUUGUUGAUGCUGACGAGACUCGAGAUAAGUAUAUAGAGAUUGUUGGUAGAGAGCAGAGCUUAUCCGUUUGCGCUAUAGAGAGAGUUAGAGAGGUUGAGUAUAGAACGAAAGGUAUAGACGCGGAGGAUGUUAGAUUCUCGUUUGUAGUGAACUUCCCUCCAGGUUUCAAGAUAGGGAAGUACUUCCGCAUCGCUGUUUGGAAAUGGCAGAGGCUUCCUUACUGGUCUCCCUACGAGGACAUCUCCGGCUACGACCUGAGGUCGUUGGAAGCGCAGAAGAGGCUUGAGAAGAGAGCCGUCGCUUGCAUCCACGAGCUGCUGUCUCUGACCGUGGAGAAGAAGAUAACUCUUGAGAGGAUCGCUCAUUUCAGGAACGUUUUGUGUUUGCCUAAGAGGCUGAAGGAGUUUCUUCUGCAGCAUCAGGGGAUAUUCUAUAUAUCGACUCGCGGGAACUACGGGAAGCUUCACACUGUGUUUCUGAGAGAGGCGUAUAAGAGAGGGGAGCUUGUGGAGCCGAAUGAGGUUUAUUUGGCUAGGAGGAAGUUGGCUGAGCUUGUGUUGAUGAGUCCUAGGAAGGCUAAGGUUGAUGCUGAGCUUGUUAGGUACAGGAACGGAUUUGAUGAUGAAGAUGAUGAUGAUGAUAGCGAAUGAAACGAGACUCACUCAUUGUUCUGUGUUGAUUUGAAUCGAAGAAAGAUGCCAAACAAGAUUGCUUACUUCAGCUGCAAGAAUAUACUUUGGGAACUACUCUUUCUCAUCAGUAAUAUUCUUUAACUCGAUUCAUAUGAAACAACCUGUGGAAUAUUAGUUUCUUGAGUCAUAUGGUUCAAGCUAAGAAUCA